GGUGCCCGUCCCGCUGCCGGCGGGGCGGAGCGGAGCGGAGCGGGCAGCAUGGUGGUGGCGGCGGCGGGGCGGCGGGCGCUGCGGGCCGGGCUGGCGCUGGGCGCGCUGGCGCUGUUGCUGCAGGGGCUGCGGGGCUGGUUGGCCUCCAAGCGGUACGAGUUCACCCCCGCCGAGAUCGCGCAGCUCGCACGGCACCACGCGGGGCUGGACCAUGAGCUGGCUUUCUCAAAGAUCAUCGUAGAGCUACGGAAGAAGCACCCAGGCCACAUCCUGCCAGACGAGGACUUGCAGUGGGUGUUUGUGAACGCGGGUGGGUGGAUGGGCUCCAUGUGUCUCCUGCACGCCUCUCUCACUGAGUAUGUGCUGCUCUUCGGAACGGCUGUUGACACCGGGGGCCACUCAGGUCGGUACUGGGCAGAUAUCUCUGACACUGUCAUCUCGGGGACCUUUCGGCAGUGGAAGGAGGGGACCACCAGAAGUGAGAUCUACUAUCCAGGGGACACCAUCGUGCACCAGGCAGGAGAGGCCACGUCGGUGCAGUGGAGCGCAGGCACCUGGAUGGUGGAGUAUGGCCGGGGCUUCAUCCCCUCCACGCUUGCCUUCGCCCUGGCUGACACCCUCUUCAGCACUCAGGACUUCGUCACCCUCUUCUACACCCUGCGUGUCUACGCCAAGGGCCUGCUCCUGGAAGCCAGUGCCUUCUUCAGCACCAUGGGCUGCUGAGCUCAGCUGCCAGGGUGCCCUGCUGUGCACAGCUGGCUCCUCUCCUCCCAACCUUCCUCUCCUCCUCUUCCUCCCUGAGCCCAGGCUCUAACAGAGGCAGCAGGAGACCCCCCCUGUGCCUUCCCUACAUUGCUCUGUUGUUCCCCGUGGGCCAGCUGGACGCCAGGACAGAGGGACUGUGGUGGUCACAGCAAUACAGACCACCAGUUCUCCUCACUACCCACCUCUUCCCCUCCUUUCAAUUGGAGCUGUGUCCUGCUUUUCCAUCUCUUGCAGCUGGAGUGGCCUUGUGGGAUGCAAACACCCCUGUGUGCCCUUGGCAUGGGGCUGGAGCUGGCUGUCCCCAGGUUCCACAAGGUUGCUGCUCCUGAGAUAUCAGGAGGAGGAUGCCACCCUCAGGACAGGGUGCACCAGGUGAUCCGGAGCACCCACUGUAAAGGUCAGCUGAGAAGUUCCCAUCUCCCUGGCAGUCUGCCGGGGCUGCGGGUAGCACAGGAUGCUGUGUCCAGCUGGCAGCAUCCCCCAUGGCUCCAUCCCUGCUGAUGUAGGUUGGCAGCACACAGUGUCACUCUGGCACGGGGCAGGAUCUGCACUGAGACCCUUCAGCAGUGGGGGGGAUGCCCAGCCUCUGUGCUGGAGGUCCCUCCUGGGCUUUUGUGUGUUACCUGUCCCAGGGGAUAGCCAGAGCUGGAAGGGGGUCCCCUUCCCAUAGUCCCCUCCCUGCAGUCCCCCUCCCAAGGUGGAAAGCCACCGUCUGUCGCCUUAAUGGAGAGCCCAUUCUGUGUGGCCUCGGGGCUAUGCACAUACCUAGUGUCUGCAUGUGCCCAAACCUGUCGUUGCUCAGGAUAGGAUUUUGACCCUCAAAAUGCUUCCCCUGUCUGUGAGACCCUCCUGGGACAGCCACCCCUAUUGGCUGCUGUUGUGGGGUCCCAGCCAAGGGAACGCUGCAGUCCCUGACCAAGUCUGUCUGCAGACCCUGAUUGCAGCCCUGCAGCCAGACCUGUGUAGGUUCACUGCUUGGCGGAGGGCUUUCACCUCCAUGCUGUUGCCAAACACGUGUGUGUCUCUGGCCACCAGUCCUGUAGCAUGUCACUCUUCCUGCUCCCCAGACUGUCCCUGUCCUGCUGACUUGCAGCCCUCCACACGGGCUACAUUUAAUUUGCCACCUGGAAAGAAGUAUCAGUAAUAAAAUUGUUCAUCCCAA